CCAAAACUGUUUUAUAGAAAUAAAAUUUAUCUUGUUUUGUGAUAUGUCAAAUUCCAACUAUUAUUGUUUUGAUUGUUAGAAAUGCUUAAACCCAAAGUUUUAACGCAAGUUUUAAGCCAGGCUAAUACAGGAGGAGUGGAAAAUACACUCCUUUUGAAUCAGGAUGGAACCCUACUAGCUUACAGUGGCUAUGGGGAUAAAGAUGCCAGAGUGACAGCUGCUAUAGCUAGUAACAUAUGGGGUGCAUAUGAAAAAAAUGGCCGAAAUGCGUUUCGGGAGGAACAUCCUCAAAUGAUUCUUAUGGAAUGUAUGGAUGGGCGUAUUGCAAUCACCCAAGUGUCUAAUCAAUUAUUGUGUUUAUAUGCUAGAAAUAAUGUUGGAUUUGGCAUGUUAAAAGAGAAAGCAAAUGCUUUAGCUUCAUAUUUGGAAGAACCUUUAAAACAAGUGGCAUCCAGUUAGGUUUUUAUGUUAUAAAUAUAGAUAUUUAAGAGUAAAAUACUUUACAUGAUUAUUAAUGAAUUUUUAUUGAAAAUAAAAUACAUUAGUUAAGUAUCUUUGUUAUGUAACUAUUCUCUUCUUUUAGUUGAUUAAAAAGUGUAACCAUUG